CUUGUUUCGCCGAACCCCAAACCCUAGCUUCGCUCGUUGCGGCGGCGAGCCGGCGAUGGCGAAGUCUCUGCGAUCCAAACGCGAGAAGCGGCUUCGGACGUUGCGCCGGGAGAUAGCGGAGCCGUUCUACGACAAGAAGGAGGCCGCCAAGCUCGCCGCGCAGGCCGCCGCCCUAGCUGCUGCCCCGCUCCCGGUCCGCGGGCCCCCGCCAUCCCAGGAUGCCGGCAGCUCCCGCGCAGCUAGCUCGGCCUCGGCUAUGGGUAAGCCCUCUAAAACUUUCCUGAUUCACCAGCCGUGGACUGCCUCCUGUUAUUUCAGGAGGGAAUCGUAAUUCCUCUACGCUUUGUGUGCUAGUUGUUCAUUCACAGCUCACUUUGUUAUCUGUUAAAACACUAUGGUUAAUUGGUUAUACUAGUAAGGAGAAGCAGAUGCCUACUGGGUAUUUGCAGAAAUUAUCAACAAGGUGUGGUGGCUCAGCAGGUUUUGUAUACCAAGCUGCAUUACUGGUUUUGUAUAUCUGAACUGAGGGUGGGAACUGUGGUUUUGAUCCCGAUGUGACAAUGAUUUAUGCUUCUUGAUCAAAGCAUGCAGUAACAACCAGAACGCUCACUCUUUUUUAAAAAAGGGAACACAUUAGCUCCGAAACGAGUGUGUUGUUAGCUUAAUCCUGGAACAAGAACUUAAGAUACCUCUGCGAAUUGCAUGCCCUCAAGCCUAGGUCUUUGUUGAUUGGAGAGGCUUUGGAAUUCUGCUACCAGUUGCCACCUUAUUGACCUGAUUGUAGAGAUCUAUGGAUAAGGUGGCAUGUAUGAAUUUGCAUUUAAGCCCUGAUUGUACCUAUUUGAAAAAAAAUGGCUACUACCAAAUUGAUAUUUGUUUCAGUCUCGUUUAGAAAUUUGGUGACCUUAGCACAUGUGCGAAAGGAACUAAUCAGUUCUAUGGUAUUUCGCAUGAACAGUGACAGUUACCAUAAUCAGCACUUUUUCACUUGGGUAUGCCAUUCAAUUUAAAAACACGCAAACUGUUAUUUGACUUUGGCUCCCAAUUAUGAAUGCCUGUCAAUGUAUCCUGAGGCACCUAAUCGAGGAAACUUGUAGUACAUCUACCAGUUGUGGAUCCUGUUUUCUCUUCCUGCAACCUCAGUUGCGCCUUAUUUUGUUAUCCCUCAACUGAUGUGUUCUGUGUUCACAUGAAUGCAGAUGUGGAGAUGUCUGAUGCAGGGAACAACAGGUCUAAGACCUUCUUGAGGCCACUUGGCAGCAUUAGCAAGAAGAAGGUGCAGCUUCAUUUGAAGAUCAAGAAAGACAAGAGAAAAGCUAGGAAGAAGGGAAAGUUUUCUUUUAAGAAGUAGAGGAGUGUAUGAUAAAUCAUGCAGUUUUGUUCCCAGUUUGUAAAACAAACGCACUGCAGUCAUGUCAUGUGGUGCACCUACCUAAGUCCAUUCGUGGGUGACCUACUAUUAAAUAUGUUGAAAUGGGUACGAAAAAAGGAUAGUGCUGACC